CGAAAAAUAAAGAAAAAAACAACAAUUAUAACUUAAGAAAGAGUGAACAGCAGCAGCAGCAGAGUAAACAGGCAGCAGUUAGCAGAAGCAGCAGUUUUUGUAGAAUUAAAAAAAACUAAAGAAGUUAUAAAUGCAAAAACCCUUUUAAUCAUUUUUAAAAAAUAUGUCUAGGAAUAAACAUCGAAAGUGUUAAACAAUAAAAGAAAUUUGAAUUUAAAAAAAAAAAAAAAAAAAUAAUUUAAAAAAAUUUAAAAUUAUAAAGAAAAAAAGCACAAAAUCUUUAGAAAAAAAUAAGAAAUUUUGAAUUUAUUUAGUGCUAAAAGAAAGAAAAAUUAUUAAGAAAAUACAUUUAAUGCUGAAAACUUAAACAAAAGCAACAACAACAAAUAUAUUUAUAAAAAAAAAAACAAAUAAACACAAGUGCUGUGCUGUGCUACAAGAAAGAAACAAAAGAAUUUAAACAAAAAUAAUAAAUAAAUUUAAAAGAAAAUUUCCUGCAAUUUAAACGGAAAAUACCCCCGAAUACUACAACAUGACAGCCAAGUGAAAUAAGUCUACAAUCUCCCCUCCAACACACCUUUCCUUACACAAACCUGUUUACACUCGAGGCAUAAAACUGUUUUGGGGGUUUUCUCAAUUUCUUUCUUUAAAAAAUUGUUCAAAAUAUUAAUUUUAAAAAAACUUUUCACAAAUUUAACAAAAAUUUAAAAAAAAAAAAUAAUUUUGAAAACAAAAACAACAUGGCCGACACAAUGCCCCAAACUGGCUCCUCGGCCCGUUUGCGUAAAUUCGAUCGUACCGACAGUGAAUUAGCCUGCGAAGAAGCGGCCCGUCUAACCGCCGAUAUGCAAGAGGGUGCUGCUGGCAGCCCCGAAGAUGAUGAAUACAGUGAAUAUGAUGAAUUGCCACCACCGCCGGACGGUGGCUACGGCUGGGUCAUUUGUUUUGCCUCCUUCAUGUGCAACAUGGUGGUCGAUGGUAUCGCCUAUACGUUUGGUAUUUUUAUGGAAGAAUUUGUCAUUUACUUUGGCGAAGGCAAGGGUAAAGUGGCCUGGGUUGGCAGUUUAUUGAGUGGUGUUUAUCUAGCGGCUGGUCCCAUAGUUUCAGCUCUGGCCAAUAAGUAUGGCUGUCGAACGGUGUGUAUAGCGGGCAGUAUAGUGGCCUGUAUAGCCUUUGCUCUGAGUACUCUUAGUACUUCAGUGAAUAUGCUGAUGUUAACGUAUGGUGUGAUAGGUGGUUUCGGCUUUGGUAUGAUCUAUUUGCCUGCUGUAGUAGCGGUGGGUUAUUAUUUUGAGACUAAACGUUCUUUGGCCACUGGUAUAGCUGUUUGCGGUUCCGGUUUUGGUACCUUUGCCUUUGCUCCUUUAGCUACUUAUCUAUUGCAGCAGUAUGGCUGGAAGAAUUCUUUGUUAAUAUUCGCUGGGAUGAUUUUGAAUUGUGCAAUUUUUGGUGCCAUGAUGAGACCUUUGAAAUAUCCCAAGAAAAAGAAGGUUAAACCUUUAAUGCAACGCAUGUAUGAGGAGAAACAAUUGCAAUUGGAAAGAGGCUCUUUUGCUGGUUCGUUUAUGGUUCAGCUGCCCGAUGGUUCAAUGGAGCGUAAAAUGAAAAUGCCUUUAAAUGCCGAUCCAGGUGUUCAUUCUUCAUUAAAUCUAGAACUUUUGGCUCAACAGGCCUCGUCGGGUGGUUUGCAACCGGUCUCUACACUACCCACCAUUACUGAGGCCAAAGUAGUGGAUUUGAAAAAUAGCCAACAACAAAGUCCACCCAAUAACAAUGACAGCAAUGGCCAUUUGGAUGCUAAACCUAAAAGACAACAUCGCAAUUCGGAAUCCAGCACUAGUCCCUACAAUUCAUCGGAUCCCAUGACACGCAAUGCCUCACAACCAGCUUUCCUUAUGGAUCCCCAUCAAGGUCUUCCCAAAAAUGGUUCAGUGCCCUCAUUCCAAAGAUCACGCAAGACCUCAGCCUCCGAAAGAUUUCAACCGUCUUUGGCCGCCAUACGCGCCUCCUCACGUGCUGAUUUAGAUGAAAAUGGCAUGGAAAUGGGUAUGACUGCUUCGAAAAUGUCUUUGUCACAACGUCAAGAAACGGGUAAAAUGGUUAGACCCAUGUCCAGAAAAGAUAUUUUCUAUUCGGGUUCAGUUACCAACCUACCGCAAUACCAAUCCCAAAAAUCCCUGGCCAACUAUCGUCAAUCGGUGUUGUCGUUAACUAAAUAUGAGAAAAGCAUGCAAAGUGUACAAAGAUUAGAUCCUCUUAUGGAAGCCGAAAGACAACGUGAGCAAUAUGAUCUAUGCCCCUGCCUGGGUAUACCCGAUUCAGUUAAAUCCGUCAUUAACAAUAUGUUGGAUGUUAGCUUACUUAAGGAUCCUGUUUUCAUGCUAAUUGGUAUUUCUAAUGUUUUUGGCAUGGCUGGUUUGUAUGUACCCUUCUUCUAUUUGGUCGAUGCUGCCAAGAUAUCCGGUAUUGAUCCUGAUUCUGCCUCCUUUCUUAUCUCCAUCAUUGGUAUUACCAAUACCGUGGGUCGUGUGGUUUGCGGUUAUGUAGCUGAUUUUCCCCAGGUCAAUUCUUUGUUCCUGAAUAACGUUUGUCUAUUGAUUUGUACCGUCUCCGUUUUCCUUACACCCUUGUGUGUUAGCUAUGGUGCUUAUGUGGCCAUGUCCAUAUUCUUUGGCAUUGCCAUUUCCGGCUAUAUCUCUCUAACGUCAAUUAUUUUGGUCGAUCUAUUGGGUUUGGAUAAGUUGACAAAUGCUUUUGGUUUGUUGAUUCUCUUCAGAGGUUUUGCCGCCAUUAUUGGCUCACCUUUGGCCGGUGCUGUAUACGAUGCCACCCAAAGUUACGAUUUACCUUUCUAUAUGGCUGGUGGUCUAUUUGCCAUUUCCACUGUAACUAGUUUUAUGGCUCCCUGCCUAAAGAGAUGCACAACAUCGGAAGAUACUCCGGUGCAUGUGGAGGCUCUAACACCCAUCGAUGAGGAACAGGGUGAAGAUAUGGAAGAUGAAGAGGAUCAACCUAUUACUAUUGUACCGAAAAUUGUUAAAACUCUAGCCAGCCCUCAGCAGCAAGACGAACAAAGUCCUAAAUUCCCUAAUGCUGAAUCAAAAUUAUAAAACUGUAUUAAACCUAAGAGAUUUGAUAAAACUUGUUUUAAAAUUACUAUACACAAGGAUUAAAGAGAAGAGAAUUAGCAGGAGAAGUAUUUAAAUGUAAAAUUAAGCUUAAUAUGAAAAGAAAAAACUAAGUUUUAAGGAAAAAGAAAUACAAUAAAUUUAAAAAAAGAAAACAAAAAACAGAAUUAUUUUCCAAAGAUUAGGAGAAAAACAAAACCAACUGAGAGCUUAAGUGUUAGGUGAGAAAGAAA